AUGAAUUACUACAAAUAAUCUUAUCUUACUUUACCAAUUAUCUUGCUCUGCAUUUUACUGCAUAUCUCUUGUGCAUUGGCAUAGAAAACUUCACCUACAAUUGAUGCUGUCUCACCAAAUAAGCAAAAAGCAACUAUAAAAUUUGUCAUCACCCAAGGACUAUUCGAUUAUGUCGAGGAAAGUAUAGAUCCGCAAUUUAUAAUUCAGCUGAUAGAAACAUUUUAACAAAGAAUUCCAGUUUUGAUUGAUCUUGGUGGACUUAAGCUUGAUUUGAACAUAACAGAUACUAAACUAUUAAGCGGAAAUUUCUUUUCCAAAAAUACAUUUGUAAUAACAAAUGAUAACUUUAUAUUCGAUCUUAAUAAAUUUUCGGCAGCUCUAAACGUAAGUUAUGAGUACCUGAGUGAUCCACCAGUUUUCGCUGACUUUGGAAAUCUGACUCUAAAUCUUGAAAACUUAAGUUUCUAUAUUAAAACUACUUUGAACCAAACCAAUCAAGAUAACAUAACGUUUAUUGUGAACAAUAUCAGAUCAGAGUUGGGUAAAUUAGAUAUAAAUAUGGAUGGAAUAUCUGAUUUCAGCGAUGUGCUUACAUUUAUGCUGAAGACUUCAACUUUUAUGGGAGGCACUCUAGGAAAAGGUAUCACAUCCGGUGAUGAUUUCGAAUUUAAAUUCUUAAAACUUAUCAAUCAGGCAAUAGGAUUAGUUCCAGAUUACAUUGAACUUCCCCAGUUAGAUGAUAGCUAUGUAUUUUUGAAUCUAACCUAAGGCAUAAAAUUCCAAAAAGAUUAAUUUAUGGAAAUACCUCUCUUUCUUGAGCUGCAAAGUAUGAAUUAAAGUCAUCAAUACAUCCAGUAGAACAAUGCUUCAAUACCUGGCUACAAGUAUUAAAAUGGAGAUGCCUUUUUAAUCUACAUAACUGAACAACUGAUUGAUAAUUUAAUAAUAUUUGCUCAUCAUUAAGGAAUGCUUAACUUAGCUCCUGAUACCUCUAAUAAAGACAAUUAACUCAAGGUUGGGACAUUGAAUCUUGUAUUUUUGAAUGAGCUAUCUGGCUUUAAUACCAAUGGUUUAUGCACUUUUGGAAUUAUUUCCACUCCAGAAGAAGUUCCUUAACUUGACAUAAGUAAAGGAUUCAUUACCUUCACAAGUCAAAUUAAAGUAGAUGUAAUCUGCCAAAAAAAUCCUAAAGUUGAUGAGUACAGUCAUGUUAUUUUCCUCUACACAAGAAUAAGUCUUACAAUUAGUUUGUAUGGUGACGGGAACAGUAAAAUUUAGGGAAAAGCUAAUCUUGCUCCGAUCAGUAUUACAUAAUUCAGUGAUAGUUUGUUUGCUAGAAAGCCAAACACAAAUGUCUUGAAUAGUUUUGGCAAAAUUCUUGAGCCGCUUAUAAAUCAGGUAGUUAAUAGUAUAUUGCAAAAAGGAAUAGAUUUGAAUACAAUAAUCACUGCCUCUCUUGGUACAUCAGUCUUUCAAGUACAGCAGUUAAAAAUUGAAAUAUAUUAGGAGUAUGUGAUGCUUAAUAUAAAGCCUAAGUUCAAUGUUGUAUCAAACACUGAAAUAAUUAAGUUGCAAAGUAAAAAGUAAAUGCGAUAAAUGUAUGUUGAUCUAAGAAAAUACACUAAGGUCAAUGAAGAUGGAAUAAUUGAGAAAGACGAAAUGUGA